CUGCCCCUCCAUGGGCUGGGGACGGGCCACUGGGCCGUGGUGACGUGGGGCCGACCUGAGCUGCCCCGUGGGUGUCUGUGGUGGGGUUUGGUCUGACGUGGGUAUUUAGGGCAUGGGGGAGUUGGAUUUUAGCAGCGCUACGUGUGUGGGAGAACCGCCUGAACUGCCCUGCCUGCUUCAUGGGCUAAAAAAAAGACCAUAAAUACCAACUGGGUGUCUGUCUCGCUCAGAACAGCUUUUUCCUGCUCAUGCCGGUGGAGACAACCUGGGCCCGGAGUGCUGCAUGUUCCGGCCGUGCCCCCCUGCCAGUCCCACCUGCAGCAGCAGCCACAGACCCCAGGCUCUGACCAGUGCUGUGUCCCUGGGGUGAGGAGGGUUUGGUGGUGUCAGGGGCUCCCCUCACCCCCAGUGGCUCCGAGCCCUCUCGAUCACAGGCUCUGUGACAAACCCCCGGUGGCUGCAGAUUUGGGUAGGGGAUGGUCCCAGGGUUUGGGUCAGGGAUGCUCCUGGGUUAUCCCUCAGGGAUGCUCCCACCUGCUCUGGGAGCUGUGCCAGGGGCCUGGCCAGGGGCUCCCGGGCAUUGACAGGUCUCUGUGCUGCAGGUCUGACUCCAGAAGAGCCGUUGGUCUCGUCCAGGUGAGGCUGGAAGGGGUUAACGGUGGCCGGGUUUGCCCCGCUCCCCUCCCCGGGCCCGUUCGGGUCCGAGCCCGGCGCCUGCCAAGGGUUAACCCGGCCCGGGCUGUUCAAACACCUCGGCUGAGGUAAGCGCCGCUUGUUUGUUCAGGUAAAUAAGGAAGGAAUUGGAUAUAAUGGGCAAAGGAGGCUCUGGCUGAGCCGUGACAUUCGCUGCCGGGUCCCCCUCGCACACCGCGCUCGGCUCCGUCCGUCUGCCGCCCUCGGGGCCGGUCCCUGUCCCUGUCCCUGUCCCCGUGCCCGUGUCCCUCCCGUCGGUGUCCCCGGAGCCGAUGUGGCUCAGCCGGGCCGUGCAGCCGCCGCGGGGCCGGCGCUGAGCGGGGCAGGAGCUGCUGGUCCCCCCCGGACCGUGCCGGGGCCCCCCUCGGGGCCAUGCCCCCCACAGCCACCGCACCCAGCACCACGGGGAUGGCUCUUCCCACCCUGCACCGGGACCCAUGUGGAUUGUGAGCUGCCCGCGCACCCUCGAGGUUUGGAGCCGGUGCUGAGCGGAGGGAUGGGCAGUGCCAGCCCUGGGCUGACCGCUCUGCCCCCCGGCCGCCUGGCCUGGCCGGACCCUGCGCCGCUGCCGCCGCCCCGGGACCCCGGAGCCCGGAGCUGGGGCUGCCCCGAGAGCCCCAGCCCCCCCGGCACCCCCGAGCAGCCCCUGCCCGCCUUCUGCCUGCACUACUUCGACAUGCUCUACCCCGAGGACGUGGCCUGGGCCACCAAGGGCGUGGGGGAACCGUCCCCCAGCGGCGCCCAGGGCGGGCGGGAGGAGGCGCGGAAGGAGCCGGAGCAAUGUCCCAUCAUCGACAGCCAGGGCCUGGGACUGGGGCCCGACGGGGACCUGCAGGGCAGCCUGCCCCUGGAGGAGCACUCGCUGGAGCAGGUGCAGAGCAUGGUGGUGGGAGAGGUGCUCAAGGACAUCGAGACGGCCUGCAAGCUCCUCAACAUCGCCGCAGACCCCACAGACUGGAGCCCCGGGAACGUGCAGAAGUGGAUCCUGUGGACGGAGCACCAGUACCGGCUGCCGCAGAUCGGGAAGUCCUUCCAGGAGCUGUCGGGGAAGGACCUGUGUGCCAUGUCUGAGGAGCAGUUCUGCCAGCGCUCGCCUGCCUGUGGGGACAUCCUGCACGCCCACCUCGACAUCUGGAAGUCUGCCGCCUGGAUGAAAGAGAAGGCUGCCCCUGGAGAUGUAAGAUACUGCGGGGGUGACUCCAGCUGGGCCGACAGCGAGGUGGAUUCGUCCUGUGCUGGGCAACCCAUCCACCUCUGGCAGUUCCUCAAAGAGCUGCUGCUGAAACCCCACAACUACGGGCGCUUCAUCCGCUGGCUCAACAAGGACAAAGGCAUCUUCAAGAUCGAGGACUCGGCGCAGGUGGCCCGGCUGUGGGGCAUCCGCAAGAACCGCCCGGCCAUGAACUACGACAAGCUGAGCCGCUCCAUCCGGCAGUACUACAAGAAAGGGAUCAUCCGCAAGCCCGACAUCUCCCAGCGCCUCGUCUACCAGUUCGUGCACCCGGUUAAAUCUGGAUUGUGACCCGCUGAGGCUGGACUGGGACAGAGAGCUGGGGAUUGCUUCACCCGUGCCUUGCACCACAGCCAGAGUUACCUGGAGAUGUUGAUCUUUUAUAUUAUAGGUUUUUUUAUUUGUUUAUUUACUUUUUGGUUUUGGCUGGCGGCGAGUUGUGGUUUAGGUUCAGAUGCCGAGGGGUGGCCCGUGCUCCCGGGGAUGCUUUGUGGGAACGCAAGAGGAAAAACACCUGGUUCUUGGUAUUUUGUUUUUACCUUAAAA